AACAAUCAGUCAGAGAUUAAAUUGUUUGAUUAACAACAACAACAAAAGAAAAGAGAAAAUGUUUUGUUCUUUUCUGUUGUCAAUGGUAACCCUUUUGCUCUUUCACCCGUUUGUUGAUUUUAAGAAGAAAAUCAAACGAUCACAGUUUAAUUGUUUUCUUUUUAAACAAUUAAUUCUAUUGAUUACUUGUUUCACCCUUUUAUUUGAAAGUGUUAAUUGUUUUCAAGUUUACUCUGAAUUGGUUAGCCAAACAUUUAAAAACAAUGUCAGGUUUAUCUGUAUUAGUGAAUGUGAUUCCGCUAUUCUGAGUUUCACCUUGUCUAGGGAACUUGGAGAUCGGAAUUUAAUUGUUACGUUGAAACGUGAAUUUGGACCCAAAUUACAAUCACAUAACCCAUUAAGUUGUAGUUACAUUGUUUCAUCUUUACCUUCACCCUCUCCAAUUUUCAUUGAUCCUGGUGACUUUUUAAGUGGUUCCAUUGACCGUUGUCCUCAUGAAAAAUCAGUUGCUGGAAAAAUUCAUAAUGGUUCUCAAUCUAUUUUUUUUGAUAGGCUCUUUGGUGAACAACUUAUUACAUGGGCUAAAAGAGAUCCAUCAGAUCCAUUUACUUAUUUUCCAACGGAAAAACCUCAUAACUAUUCAAAGACUUCCAUUAAUCCAGUUGAGGUGAAAGGUUAUGUAACUCACAGCAAAUCUGUCCCUUACCAUUUAAAGGUUGUAUUCAUUUGGUAUUCAAGGUUAGCAAAUGCGUUUGGUAACUUUGAUGCUUUGGUCAUUCAAUCGAAUCUACUUAUUAAGAUGGUCAAUACACUUUUCAAACCGUUAAAUGUUAUCGUUACUCUGAUGGAUGUUCUCAAUUCUACUGUGCAAGAAGAAGUUCCAAAAAAUUCUUCUGAGUUUGAUGCUCUGAUUCUAUUCCAAAAAAUAAGACGCGAUCAUUUCCUGCCAGAAUUUGAAAAUUUUACGACCAUUUUUAUUGUAUCUUCUUCUUUUAAUGGUUACAUUGGGUUUUCUCCUCUUGGUGCGAUCUGUAAUCCAAAUGACAAUGCAAUUUGGAUCAGUUGGUCAGCUAAUGUUACCAGAGUUUCUGCCUCAAUUGUCCAUGAACUUGGGCAUAACCUUGGCUUUAAGAAUUUGACCUCAGAACAAAAUGGGACGAGUUCAAUGCCAAGAUGUAGUAAAUGCGUCACCAUGACAUCUAACUAUGUUACUACUUUUGAUCAUCAAGUUCAUUGGUCUGAAUCUUCAAUAGAAAAAUUCAAAAGCUUAAUUGACACAGGAUAUGGUAAAUGUCUUCUCGAUCCACCGACAAAUUAUUUGACAGCAAGUUGCGGAAACGGGAUCAUUGAGGCUGGUGAAGAGUGUGAAUGGACCGAAUCUCAUCCAGAUUGUUGUCACAAAGAUUUAUGUUUUUUAACGGAAUUUGCAUGUUGUGGUAGUGGCCCCUGUUGUAACCCUUCCGAUUGUCGUCCAUACAAUUUAACUGACCGGUUUAUCUGCAGAGAAAAGGCCGAUCCCUGUGAUUUACCUGAAUAUUGUGAUGGGAAUAGUGAAUUCUGCCCGGAAGAUACAUGGAUUCAUGAUUUUUACAAAUGUGCCGGUGGUCACUGUUUUGAAGGAAAGUGUGUAAGUCAUAAAAAUAGCUGUAAUCGUCUAUGGAAUGAGAAUGUCAACCAAAGUGAUCCGACUUGCUAUAAACUCAAUAUUCUUGGUAAAAUCGGAAAUGAUUGUGGUUACGACAGAAAAACGCAAUCCUUCAUUCCGUGUGCUUGCAAUGAUCAUCUCUGUGGUCGACUUCAUUGUAGUGCAAGUCAGAAUGAUACUUUCCGUUUUCAUGCCUGGAAUACAACUCAUAUUUACACAAAUGACUCAACGACCUUGUGUGCAUCGUCCAUAAGUAACGUUUACCCAAAAGAUCCCGGUAUGGUCCCUAAUGGUGCAGCCUGUGGAGAAGAUAGAGUUUGUUUCAACACUCAUUGUCUUCCUAGACAUACUUUACCCACAUACUUUACGCCAUAUUGCUCAGAUGAUCUUAUACCCGACAAUCAAGACCAAUGUCGCUGUCCUAAUGGCUUUAGUGAUUCUAAAUCCUGUAUCCAACAAAGCGAACUCAAUGAUACCCUUGAGAUAAUAACACCAGAAAUUAUUAACGCUUGUCGUUCAUUAAUGCAUGCAAAUUACGAGAAGCUUAAAAGUGAGAAUUCCUCCCAAUUUGAUCUGAAAGUUUUUGCUAUUUUCUUUGGUAUUGCAGUUUUAUUUAUUAUAUUUGUCGUAUUCUGUAUCCUUUGGCUUCAUUAUCACCCGAAUAUAAAAAGGCAAUUCACCGUAUCAAGAACACCAGACCUUUCUGAAAAAGAAAACGGAGAAGAAUCUGAAAAAAGAAUAGCCCUGAACUCGUAUUAGAAAAUUCGACUCACAUUUGUACGGAUAUUGACUCGAGUUCAUCAUAUCUUAAUCAACAUAGUUCUCAAUUAACUCUUUUUUAUUACUAUUCUAUAACCUCUUGACCAAAAAUUGUUGAUCAAAAAUUUAUUUUCUUCAUCAUUAUUCUUGUUAACUCAGUUAAAAGAUACCAAACCAAAUGCAAUUAUUAAUAAUCAUGAUUGAUGAAAAUCAAAUCAGAUUAUCUAACAAUUUCUAUUGGGAAAAUAAGCAAUAUUAACUUAAUUUCUCUUAAUUAUCCAAAAUGAUCAUCAAUUUUUAUUAUUAACUCCUUGACAAUCUCAUCCAUCCUCUCAAAUUUAAUGAAUAUUUUUUUGUAUAACUGAUCACUUACAUCAUUUUUUACAAGUUUUCACCCUGUAA